AUGAAUGCUGGGGUUGACGACCAAGCCCCGCAAACAAGUCUAGCAAAUGGCGGCAGCGGAGCGCAUCACCACGACAAUGCCCAUUCAGACCUCUCGCAGGUUCUAGAGGCACUGCAGGCCAUCUAUGCCCCGACCUCGAGCAACGAAACCCGCCGACAGGCCACCGAAUACCUCGAGCAAGCAAAGCGUCACCCCGAAGCCCCAUCACACGGCCAUACGCUCGCCCUCGACCGCUCGCAGCCUGCGCAACUGCGCUACUAUGGCCUCACCAUGCUUGAGCACUCCAUCAAGUAUGGCUGGGAGGACUACACCGUGGACCAAGGUACCGCGCUGAGAGGCUAUGCCAUCGAGCUUGCGCAGAACGUAACGGAGACCGACCCUGUCUACAUUCGGAACAAGAUUGCCCAAUUAUGGACAGAGAUUGCCAAACGCAGCUGGGGCGCAGAGUGGUUAGACAUGGAUGAGCAAUUAGUAGCCCUCUGGACAAACUCAUUACACCACCAGGCCAUAGUACUUUAUGUCCUCGAAACCCUCUCCGAAGAGGUCUUCAAUCGCGAAGAUGCUACCGCUGGCCUGCGAGGCACCGACCUGGGGCGGGCCUGUGUCGAGAUCUUCACGCCUCAAAUUGUUAUACAAGAGCAGCUUCCUACUAGGGAAAAAGGUCCUGAUUUACGGUGCGGAGACGAAGGUUGGUUGACGAGGCUAUGCAAAAACCUGGAUUGGUGCUUGGGACAGGACUACCAGAACCAGGAAAACGUCAAAGCCAGUGCUGUCAAAUCCAUGCAUGCCCUUAGAGCCGCCAUGCCAUGGGUCAUGCCCAAAGCCAUUGCGGCCACUCAGGUCAUUGAGGCUGUCUGCAAGGCUCUAGCCACACCAGCAGUCGAGAUACAAAUUGCUGCAGUCGAAACCCUACAGGCUAUAUACAACCGAACGCACUUACACGACGACGAGUUCGUGGAGCUAGUAUGCCCCAUGUUUACACCAGGCAGCGUCUCGCUCCUUCGGGAAGUAUACAAUUGGACACUCGUGGACAUGGACGUCAAUGACAUCGAUGACCAGAAAUAUAUGCUUUGCAAGAGGCUAUCUGAGUUGGCAAACAACCUUGGUCUGUUCAUUGAACAAAAGCCCCAAUCUAUUCCAGAGAACAGCGAUCUCGCCGGUGUAUUUGGUUUUCUGUACGACAUUAUGCGCAACCCAAGUCUUGUCGUUUCCAUACCCGUCCUUCACUGUUGGACUAAGCUACUGCGAUCGAGCGUUGUUCGCGAGUCUGACGUCGUGAACUCCAUGGUUGGAGGUCUGCUCGAGACAUGUUGUGCGCGAUUGAUCCGCUACGAGGCCCUUCCUGAAGAUGCCGAAGACGUGACGUUGCAAUUUUUGAAUGAAGACAUUGACACUGUUCCCGAACGACAUGCCUUCCUAGGCAAUUAUAGGAGAUUCUGCGCAGAUGUAAUCGAAGUACUUGUGCGCAAGACGCCGAUUGAGGCCAUGGAGCAUAUCCUUGCUCAAGCAACCAACAUGUUGCAAAACCUGUACCGCGACCGUCCCUCUUUUCAACCACAGACAUUUAGCAAAAACUCGCCCCAAGUCCUUCAGGUCGACGCCCAAGUUACGGUUAUUGAGGCUGCUCUCAAAGGCUACAUGAAAUGGCAACAAAGUCAAGGCGAGGAUGCCCAAGCCGAUGAGCGAACGCGAAGUGUUCUAGAGGACUCACUAGAGCAAUGGGGCCGUCAGAUUCUGCAAGCGCAAUUCGAUGAUCCUGAGGUUGCAAGAAAGAUCAUAUCGCUCAUGGCCACCCUUGCCACGAAGUCACUUGGCGACCGGCCUGGCUUUGCGCUAACUUUCCUUGAGUACAUGCUUACCAUACGUCUAGCGGAUGACACCAGCUAUGCUCAGUACUCGGAAGCAGUAAAGGACCUAGAGCGCAUAUGCAGCUUGGAGAUGCAGAAACUAGCCAUGAAGUUCGCCGAUGAUUUUAUGAACGUCUACGAGCAAUUAGAAGCAAAGAUCAAUGAGAUGAUCAAUGACCCCACGACUGACGAACGCCAACGAAUGGCAUACUCUGCUUUCCUUUUCAUCAUCAUACACAGGUGUACAACGUUAGACCACACCAUUCAAACAGAGCGCAUGAGACAGAUGUUGAACCGCGUCAAGGAGGCAUGGCAGAAUGAUGAGUUUACUAAAGCCAUCUCUUCGUUCCAGUCUUUCUGCGACGUCCUGGGCAUGGGUCAAUUACCCGAAUUCCUGUCUGCCAACAAUUUUCGCGGCGUGCAGGAUUGGUCUGAACAACAAUUGCCUAGUGAUGGUCAAGCAUUGCAAGCUUCAAUCCUUGAGCGAUCUCAACAACUGCCUCUGCGACUGACUAAGACGCUACUUGCAGCAUCGACUGAGAAGUUGCGAGACGGUACUGCUGCAUAUGAGACUGCUGCAGCACUGUGGGCAGAGACGAUACCUGUGCUACUUCCCAAUCUUCUCCAGCUCGUGAGCCAUGCGCAAGCAUUUAACGACAUUGACAGCAACUGGUCACACCUGCCGAUCGAACUGCAACAGGUCAUUCGACGUGUUCUGACUGAUCGGUUCUGGCAAGCGGGCAUCUCAACGGAAAGCAGAGAUGACUUCUUCGCUAAGGUCAGUGGCUCCAAGUCCACCUACGAAGGUUUCGCGUCAACCGUUCGAGGCACUGUCCGACAAAUCAGAGAGAGUUCUUACUACAUACUCUACUCGUUGACAAGAUUUCGAGACUUCUUCUAUGGCAUACAAGACUUACCGGGACCGCUCAGCCAAGCUCUCUUUGGGCACGCUGGUGCCUUGACCGCACAUCACUUGUCCGUUCUGCUUACGGUAUCUACGCAUCUUAUCGAGGGGUGUCCGUCACAGUUACGGUCACAGUUUCUACCGCCUAUGAUUCAAGGGCUAUUCAGGGAACUAGACAGGAAGAUCUCUGGGGAAUGGAGCGAGAUUGCUCGCCAAGUGGCGGAAUCAGGGGAUAAUGACAACUUGACAGAUGAGAUGAAGACCGAAAGUAUCCUUCGUCAGCUUACAUACUCUUCGGUCUCGCUUGUCGCCGUCCUGCUUGAUUCACGGCAGGAGUUUGCUCGGCAAGAUGAUCAAAGUCGCAAGGAAGCCAAUGCGCCACCAAUGUGUGAUUUCAUUCUCACUACACCUUCAGUCUUGGAGCCGAUUCUCCUCUUCUGCAACUCUACCAUCCGUGUAAGAGACACUCGAUCUGUCAUCACUAUUGUGCGUGUCAUGCGGACGCUUCUUCCACGCUUCAAGGAAAAGUCUCCGAUCCGGGAUUAUUUCUGCAAUGACAUUCUGAAAUCUGCCAUCACAUCGCUACACGAACCAUACUUUGUUGAUUGCCAGAAGGAACUUGCGUCUCUGAUUGCAGGUAUCAUCCAUCUCGACGAUGAGAUUCCACGCUCCAUCAUCCUUUCAUUGCCUGGCAUGGGUGACGAAGCUCGUGUCGACCGCCGGCUCGCAAAACUCCAAAGUGCAAACCGUCAGGAUGAGAGGAUGCAGAGGAGCAUCGUCUUGGAUCUGCUCAGUAGUAUCAAGGGUGUAAGUAUCCAUGAGCAAGGUAAAAUCCAGCGGCCAAAGGCAAAGUCUAGGACGGCGAUGAUGGAACAAUACAUGACUGUUGAUCAGCAGCCAGCCAUUGUUCGUGGAACGAGCCCGGGUCUUGCAGGCGUUGCUGAUAUGUUUGGGGGGCAGUAA